GCUAGUCAAUCACAACCGAAAAUCCAAGUCGAAUUAAAAAUAUUACCGAAAAUGAAUAUCUUAAAUGAAUGUGUGGGCCUCGGCGUGGAUCUAGUUAUUUUAGGCCUCUGCGUGCGGGAAUAUAUGCACAACAAGAAGGUGGCACGACUGUUGAAGAGUGCGCCGCAAUACAAUAUCGACGGGAAUCUGAGAUCCAUUGUGGAACGGAAGGUGGACAAGAGCAUACCGUAUGCGGUGAUCCGAGGCACUGUCACGCCCAUGGGCGUGCCCCUGCGCAGCACGCUGGUGCCCAGUGUCAGCGGUGUGCUGCAGAUUGUGAAGCUGCACGAGCACCGGGUGGCCCGGGGCUUUGCCGGCUUCUGGAUGGAGCAGCGCAGGCUGCUGCACACGUCUGCCAACGAGAUGCCCUUCGAGUUGCGCAAUCAGCAGCAUGGCGUGGAGAUUGUGGACGCCCUGAACGCAUCUGUGCUGGAUGUGGACGUUGUCUACGACAGCUACGAGCCCUCAUCUCUGUCAGCCUUUGACCACAUCUUUGGCUUCUUCACGGGCGUGCGACAGAAGGGCCUGCAGACCACGGAGGAAGUUUUGCGUGAGGGCAGCUUUCUGACAGCCAUCGGCAAGCUGGAGGUGGACGGCAACACAUUGCGCAUGCAGCCGUCACAGGAGGGAGGACUCUUUUUGACCACCGCCACCAAAUCCGCGAUUGUACAGCGAUUUGAGGAUGCCAAAUGGACAUCGAUCUUGAAGAUUACCUUUUGUGGUGCCGUAUCAGCCGUUCUCAUUGGCCUCAUAGCGAAAAAGUUAUAUCGCAAGAGAAAGCAGCAGCAGGAGGAGGCUAGAAUACACAAACGCCUGGAAACGGAGCGACGCGAACGCCGUGCACGCAGUCGUCCGCUGGCACUAUCCGAGGAUCAGCUAUGCGUCGUCUGUGUAACCAACCCCAAAGAGAUCAUUUUACUGCCCUGCGGCCAUGUGUGUCUGUGCGAGGAUUGCUCGCCGCACAUUGCCACCCAGUGCCCCGUGUGUCGGGGCAAAAUCGUCUCCAGGUCUGCUGCCUUCAUAGCUUAGACCCCACUAGAGCCAAGAGAAAUCACGUGUACCUAUGCAAUGUACAGCAUAUAAUUACAAAUUAUUAUAGUGUUGACACAUUUUAAACAGC